GCACGCAAAGCAGUUUUGCUGACGCAAAUGAAUGUCCACAAAUAACGCAUUCUUGACAAGGACGCGUUUUAAUGAAGGCAAAUAUCGUUUCAACGACGGUUUAUAAACAAAUGUUGAAGGUUUGCACAGUGAACAGAUGAUCGCACUACAGGACACGAAGAUCUAUCGCAGCCAAAGUUACGUUUUGCUUCGGAGCAGCGCGAGGCACCAAACGCUGCGGCACGCGCAACACGCAGCGACCCACCGCAACGGUCGUUCUGACUGAGGAAAAACGCGGUCGGUGAAUAUAGAUGAAAAUAGCAUUUCUUCGAGCUAAACAAACCACAGCAUUCGUCUCACUUAACUCCAGCAUGUGUUUUCCGCAUACCUACAGCGCGAUUGUUUGUUUGUGUGUGAUCCAUCCCGAAACGGAACCGGUUUCACCUGAUCCUCCUCUAUGUCACCGCGUUGGCUGAACAAAGGGGAUCCCGGUGUGCUAUCGCGACGGACCUUCGAUAAGAAACCCGUACACCUCCUUAUUUCAACCGCAAAGUGCCAAAAAUACUGGCUGCCCUGGCGUCCGUCACCGGAGUCCUAGAAAGAGAGGGUUGGGAUGGAGAACUGCUGUCGCAGCUGUAUGCCAUGUCUGAAGUGCUUAUGGGACUGGAUAUGGCCCGAAUUUUACCACACGAACACCGCUUACCCGGCCGAAAUCCCCACCAUCUCAGGUGAUAUCCGGAUCCCGGCGCCCAAGAAGAAACCGACGCAGCUCUACGCGGCUCUUUUUGACUUUGUGGCCCGCAGUGAAGAAGAGCUCAGUGUGAAAGAAGGGGACAAAUUGUCUGUUAUAGAAAAGAGGGGGGAUUAUGUGCUUGCCAAAAAGCUCACCGGAUCACUGGAGUCCGGUCUUGUACCGGCCAAUUACGUGGCCCUGGUACAGGAUGAAUUUGCCAAUUAUAAAUGGUACUAUGGGAAUAUAAACAGACAAAAAGCUGAGAGUCUCCUUCUGGCUUCUCAGAAUAAAACCGGUUCGUUUUUAGUACGGAUCAGUGAGAGCCACAGUGAUGAAUAUACAAUCUCAGCCAGAAGUGAAAAUCGUGUCUUCCAUUUUCGUAUUCGUCGCUCGGCGAUUGGUGCUUACUUUGUAUCCGAAAAGAUCUCUUUUGCUACUCUGGAUGAGCUUAUCAAAUAUUACCAGAACAAUUCCAAAAGUCUGGGAUGUCCCCUAGACCAGCCAUGUGUACAGCAAAGGGAGCUGUUUGACAUGGAACCAUGGGAGCGGCCGAGAGAGGAGUUUCAGCUUAUUAAGAAACUCGGCGAAGGCCACUUUGGAGAGGUGUGGGAGGCUUUGUGGACCACCAAGAAGCAAAAAGUGGCUAUCAAGAUGCUCAAACAAGAGGACACAAAGUUGGAUGAAUUUGUCAAGGAGGUCCACGCACUAAAGAACCUGCAUCAUCCUAAACUGAUUCAGCUCUUGGCUCUCUGCACACGAGGAGAACCUGUUUAUAUCAUCACUGAGCUCAUGACUAAAGGAAGCCUGAAAUCAUACCUUUCUUGUAAAGAGGGUGGUGCAUUAGAUGUGGUGUCUCUGUUAGAUAUGGCGGGUCAGGUAGCAGACGGGAUGGCAUAUUUAGAAGCCAAUAACAGUAUUCACAGAGACCUUGCUGCAAGAAAUGUUCUGGUCGGAGAUGGAUAUAUCUGCAAAGUAGCUGAUUUCGGCCUGGCUCGGGUCAUUAAGGAGCCUUUUUAUAUAUCCAAUGAAAGGACAAUACCAUACAAAUGGACAGCACCUGAAGCCAUCAGUCACGGACGUUUCUCGAACAAAUCUGACGUCUGGUCGUUUGGGAUUCUCCUGUAUGAGAUUCUCACCUAUGGCGGGGUGCCUUAUCCAGGUUAUGCAGCAAAUGAGGUGUACGCACAAGUCACAGAACGCAACUAUAGGUUACCUAAGCCAUCCAAAUGUCCACAAUUCAUGUAUGACAUCAUGCUGUCCUGCUGGAGUGCACAGCCAGAGGACCGUCCUGAUUUUAAAGACCUGAAACACAAACUUGAAAACGUCAGCAGCUACAAUGACUUGGAAUGAUUCUGCUGAAAGAUUUCUGAGAAAGUGAAACGAGACUGACCGCAAAACAGUUCUUAAGGAUGGAUGGUACAUUACUGGAUAUGUACAAUAGUCCAGUGUGUUUCAUUACACCAGUUGGGAACAUGCACAUAUUAAGCACUUUUUGGCUGCUCUCAGUGGAUCAUUUAUUUUUGGUUUUUCUCUAUUGGCUAAGUUCACUGAGACAUAUGGUGUUAUUUUAUAAUCCUGUAAUAGUAGAUUGAACUGAUUAGAAAACAAUGCCUCAAGUUACAAGUCUUAUGUGAAAUCAAAUAUAAUUUUUUUUAUUCAUCUAUAAGGUAAAAGAUUUUAUAUUUUUUGUAAUAAAUUGACAUUCUUUCAAUGCAGUUAAAGGUAUAAACUUGUAAAAGCAUUAUGUUGUUUUGUAUUUUCUGUAUAUUAUACUGUAUUUUCUGUACUAUAUUGUUAGUGAUUUUGUGUUAGUGUUGUGUAUUGAUAUUUAGGUAAGCAAUUUACCAAAUUCCUCAUAAAGGCGAUCUUACUUAGCCAUUAAAGUCAAAUAAAGAA